AUGAACGAAGAAUACUGCCGGGCGAGUGUGACCAAAGAUAACCUCCGAAACAACUUGCUCUAUAGUCUGAACUUGCUAAUGGAUUCUUUCCAGCUAAUAUACAUAAAUAUCUAUCUAUCUAUCUAUCUAUCUAUCUAUCUAUACACAUCCAAAGACCUCAUCGAUUUCAAGGUGCAUCAUUUUUUUUUCCUAAUUCUUUUAUUUUUCUUCUCUUUUCUUCUUUUAAAUGUUUUAUUUCUUUCUCAUGAAUUUUCCACAUGUCUUCAUUCUUUUCCACGAACCACUACUCUUUUUACUCAUUUUCACUUAUGUCUUUCUUUCUUUCUUUCUUUCUUUCUUUCUUUCUUUCUUUUUUUUUUCUUUGUCAUUCUUUUUCUCUAUUUUCUUUCUUUCUUUCUUUCUUUCUUUAUUUAUUUAUUUAUUUAUUUCUUUCUUUCUUUCUUUCUUUGUCAUUCUUUUUCUCUAUUUUCUUUCUUUCUUUCUUUCUUUCUUUUUUCUUUGUCAUUCUUUUUCUCUAUUUUCUUUCUUUCUUUCUUUCUUUCUUUCUUUGUCAUUCUUUUUCUCUAUUUUCUUUCUUUCUUUCUUUCUUUCUUUCUGUCUUUGUCAUUCUAUUUCUGUCUAUGUAUUUUUUCUUUCUUUCUAUUGUCUCUUUCUAUCCGUUUUUCUGUCUUUGUCAUUUUAUUUCACUCUUUUCUUUCUUUCUUUCUUUCUUUCUUUCUUUCUUUCUUUCUUUCUUUCUUUUUGCCUUUCUUUCUUUGUCAUUCUAUUUCUCUAUAUUCUUCCUUUCGUUCUUUCUUUCUUUCUUUCUUUCUUUUUUGUGGUUUCUUUCUUUAUGUUUUUCUUUCUUUGUCAUUCUAUUUCUCUCUAUUCUUUCUUUUCUCAUUUUUGAUUCACUUCUUUAUUCUUUCUUUUCUAACUUUGUCUUCCCUUCUUUCUUUCUAUUCACCUUUACUUUCUUUCUUUCUUUCUUUCUUUCUUUCUUUCUUUCUUUCUUUGUCAUUAAAAUUCUCCCCAUAUUUUCUUAUUUUUCUUUCUGUUUUUCCGUCGUUCAUUUUUCGUCACUCUUUUCUUUCUUCUCCAUUUUUUUUUGUUCUUUCUUUCUUUUUACAUUUAAUUUCCUUCUAUUUUCUUCUUUUCCUUCCUUUUUCUCUUUUUCCUUCCAUUCAUUUUUUCUCGCUUUCUUUCUUUCUUUAUUUCUUCAUAUUUUAUUUUUCACAUUCUAUCGUUAAUCUUCUUCCUUAUUUUUCUUUCUUUCUUUCUUUCUUUCUAUCUUUCUUUCUUUCUUUCUUUCAAUUACUCAUCUACUUUUUCCCUUUUUCGUUCUUUCUUUUUUUCAUUUUUCGCAUUCUUUCGUUUUUCCUUCCUUCCUUCCUUCCUUUCUUUCUUUCCAUUUUCGCAUUCUUUUCGUUUUUCCUUCCUUCCUUCCUUCCUUCCUUCCUUUCUUUCUUUUUUUUUUUCGCAUACUUUCGUUUUUUUUCCUUCCUUCCUUCCUUUCUUUUCUUUUCAUUUUUCGCAUUCUUUCGUUUUUCCUUCCUUCCUUCCUUCCUUCCUUCCUUCCUUUCUUUCUUUCAUUUUUCGCAUUCUUUCGUUUUUCCUUCCUUCCUUCCUUUCUUUCUUUCAUUUUUCGCAUUCUUUCGUUUUUCCUUCCUUCCUUCCUUUCUUUCUUACAUUUUUCGCAUUCUUUCGUUUUUCCUUCCUUCCUUCCUUUCUUUCUUUCAUUUUUCGCAUUCUUUCGUUUUUCCUUCCUUUCUUUCUUUCAUUUUUCGCAUUCUUUCGUUUUUCCUUCCUUCCUUCCUUUCUUUCUUUCAUUUUUCGCAUUCUUUCGUUUUUCCUUCCUUCCUUCCUUCCUUUCUUUCAUUUUUCGCAUUCUUUCGUUUUUCCUUUUCUUUCUCUUUUCAUUCAUUCUUUUUACUCACUUUCUUUCUUAUUUCCUUUCAUUCUUUCUUUCUUUCUUUCUUUCUUUCUUUUAUUUCAUGUUUUAUUUUUCCCAUUCCAUCGUUAAUCUUCUUUAUUCGCAUUUUUCUUUCUUUCUUUCUUUCUUUCUUUCUUUCUUUCUUUCAACUACUCAUCUACUUUUCUUUCUUUCUUUCUUUCUUUCUUUCUUUCUUUCUUUCUUUCUUUCUUUCUUUCUACGUAAUCUUUCUCUGCUUCCACCGUUUCUUUCUAUCAAUCACAUCUCUCUCUCUCUCUCUCUCUCUCUCUUUUCUCUCUCUCUCUCUUUCCCUCUCUCUCACUCUAAGCCACUCCUCCCUAUUCCUACUCUUUUUCUUUCCUUCCUGCACAUCUUGA